CUAAAUAUGUUUAAAGAUCAUCCGACCUAGAGGUUGGACUAGUUAUGCCGGUUGUUUGCUUGGUCUCAUAGAAGAUUGUUCCCGAUCAGAUGCAUCUCAGUGAGGAUGGUACUAAUGCCCAUCCGGUCUUGAGGCAACUCCAUGGAACAUACCACACCAUUCCUAAUCAAAGAGACCAGACAGUUGAUCGUGUUGCUACUACUUGUUGCUCGUGCACGAAUCCGUCUGUUAAUACUGGCUGCUUCAGGGAGUUGGAAUACCGGAGAGAUGAGAGAGAAACCUAGAGUGAGAGAACCUUUUCUCCUUUGUAACCUUAAUCACCAGUCUACGGUAAGGGGUCUUCCUCCUUCGGAAAUUGGUGGUCAACCCGAGUGGCAAGCGGUAGGUGAGAGAAUCAACCAAAACCAGAAACCAAAUAACCAGAGAAGAUGGUACACGGAUGCAGGAUAUGCAGACAAAAGAGAAUGGAGGAUUCUGGGAAAGGAGGAUGCAUCUAGAUGGAGAAGGGAUGGGUAUGAUAAAGGGGUAUUGAAACCGGCCACCUCUUUUUUCAUUGCAAACUUUCUCGAGGAGUGGAGGCUGGAACAUAUGUGGAAGGAGUUUAAGAGGCUUGGUAGGGUUAUCCAGAUUUACGUGGGUGAGUUGAGACUCCAAGCGAACCUUGCAACGUACAAUGAGGAAAAUGGAUCGGUUGGGCUGAGUAGGAGAGAGAACAAUGCACAAGCAGGCCCUAGUAAGCAAGUGGAAUCAAAUGUUGCAGGAAAAUCCUAUGCUGAUGCAGUAAGGAACAAUAAGCAGUUGCUUGAAAGGAAUGGAUUGAUGGGAAAACGUUGGACUCCAAGGAAAAUCCUCAAGGAAAAGGAAGAUAUAUUUGAGAUGGGAGAGCCGGAAACACUCGAUGAACUAAAACACAAAAUCCUGAUUGAAGGUUUCUUCUCAAUCAACAUUACUCUAUUGGGGGGAAAUCUUGUGUUACUAUACAGUGAGGUUGAAGGAGAAGUAACGAAUCUCCUCAAGGAAGGUAGUGAAUGGAUAGGAGAAUGGUUGGAAGAUUUAAGACCAUGGAGUAUAAAAGAGGUGACACGAGAGAUUCAUAUGGAUUCGAUGUCAUGGGGUUCCUUUGAAUAUUUGGAAUGGGGAGAACUUCAUCAAGAUAAGAAGCUUGUGUGUGCACCAGGAAAAAUGCAGCAAGCACGCGGAAGCUACUCUCCAGCACCACUAGGCCGGUGCAAAUUUGUCAAAAUGGCCACAUAAGUCUGCAAAAAUGGCCAACUAAGUCUACAAAAAUGGCUAACUCCCAACUGCAUUUUGCUUUUCAUUCAUUACCUUAGUUGGAUUUUGCCUAUAAAUAGCCUUACUCCCUCCGUUGUAUGCAUGAAGUUUUAAUAAAAAAUUUCAGUGUAU